AUGUCAGUCCAAGAAGCCAUGCAAACUACUACAAUCGUACAUGAACCUCUCAUCAGACGUGAAUGGAGAAUCGACGGGAACCUACGUUACGAGGUUGCGAUGAACCUUAUCAUUAUAGUCCUCAUCGUUGCAGCGAUCUUGCAUAUGCGUAGCCACAAGAUUCCCUUAGAUGAACUCCUUGAUUCUGGUGGAGUUUUGGCCGUUGUCAGUACUGUUUACGCAAUGUACUUCCUAUGUAGCUGCAUAAUGUGGGUUUCAACAUUCGGAUUCGAGGAUGAGUCAUUAUUAUAUGAAACUUACUACAUGGGACGCUUAACUCACACGUUAGGGUUCUGUGUCUUCCUCUGCCUUCUCUAUUCUAUUUCUCUCUUGGCUCUAUGCAUUGGUCUACUUGGUUUUCUAUGGUUCGUAACGGCCUUGAUUGCACCGUGUUGUCCCUCACUACGGAGAGGAGAGUCAGCUUGGUGGAACUUCGUCGUCAUGCAGGAACAACCGUUCACAGUUUCUAUUGUUUAA